CAAAGGAAAAUAACGCAAUUAUUCAACAUGUUAUCUGGAUUUUUGUUGUGUUGUUUAAUUAGUAGUGUACUUGGACAUGGAAGACUUCUGGACCCUCCUUCUCGGGCUAGUAUGUGGAGAGUUGGUUUUAGUACGCCAAAAAAUUAUAAUGAUAAUCAGUUAAAUUGCGGUGGUUUUAUGAAUCAAUAUUUAUUCCAAAAUGGUAAGUGUGGCGUCUGUGGCGAUCCUUACCAAGGGCCGAAGGAAAACGAAGCUGGCGGGCGGUUCGCCACCGGUACCAUUGGCAGAUCUUAUAAAACGGGACAGGUUGUUGACGUUGCAAUACAGAUAACCGCUGAUCAUAGAGGAUGGUUUGAACUGAAACUCUGUCCAAACAACAAUCCGACCAAAGCUAUCACUCAGUCAUGUCUGGAUAGAUACUUACUCAACGUUGUUGGAUCUGGAACACGGUAUACUAACACUCCUGGAGUUGGAACAAAACGUUUCCAGGUUAAACUUCCUGAUGGCCUUCAAUGUUCACAAUGUGUCUUACAGUGGAGAUGGCACGCAGGGAACAACUAUGGUGUAGAUCCCAGCGGACGAGGGUGUAUAGGAUGUGGUUCUCAAGAAGAGUUUUACGGAUGUGCUGACAUUGCUAUCAGCGGUAACGGACAUACUCACGCACCUGUUGUCAUCCAGCCGACAAAAAUCGUCACACAACCAAGCAUCACAUUCCGUCCGAUACAAACAUUUAAACCAUUUGUAACAAAUGCACCCGUACAAACUGCGAGACCGGUACAAACCGCAAGACCGGUACAAACCGCAAGACCGGUACAAACUGCAAGACCAAUACAAACUGUAAGGCCGGUUAUAACUGCAAGGCCCGGUACCAUAACUUGCAAGGCUAUAAAUUAUUGGGCAGGAGUUGUGACUCUUGAUCAAUGGUGUACAGUAGAGUGCCAAAAAGGAAACUGUCCACCGUCUGCAUGUUCUUGUCAAGUUGUAGGUCGUUAAUUGAGUUGUUGUUUCACUGACUAUUUUAUGUAAUGAAUAAAUAUGCUUUUUGUGCAUAAUUAUAGAAUUUACACACCGUGUUUAAAAAUACCAAUGAAAAUGAAUUAUCUAAUCAAGAGCUAGAACGCUUCACUACUGGUUCUCACAUCCAGAUUAGGAACACAUUUAGUGACUUUAAGUAAUUUAUUAUGUUAAUAGGAUUAUCUCUUUCAUUAUAUAUGUUCAUUUUACGUUAUGUUAACGAAACAUGCAGACUAAGCAGACGAACAAAAUAACCUUACCAGAAUAAUUCAGUCCAUCCUGGAUGAUCGACUCUGCUACUCGCGAGGGCAUGAAAACUCUUUACGAUAAAAACACGUCAAUAAUUCAGUGCUCUCUGGGGGAGAAAGUGCUUGAUGUUAUCGAGAUAGGUAAAUCCCGAGCUAAUUCCGAGUAAAUUUUUGAAUUGACCUUACCUUCAGGCGUUAAUCUAACCACCGUAAUGCAUAAUUAAGGUUAGAAAUACCGGGUCUGUACAGAUGUACUUUAUGGAGUUCCAUAGUUCCUUGAAAUUUCUUCAAUUAUACAUUGGGAAGGAAUGGUAAAAAGAAAUACAGCUUGACCUGUUGACCUGUUGACCUGUUGACAAAUUCUGAAUUUCCAAUGGUGUUUUUAGAUAUGGUAUCAUUGUUGCCCUUAACUGCUACAUAUCACCAAACAAAAUUAUUAAUGAUUUAUCAUUUUCAUUUUAUGAGGAAUUGAAUUCACUGUGAUUUGGCAAACUCAUGAUUGUAAUUACUGCUUUAUCAAUCGAAAAUCAAACAUUAAGAUCACAAAUAAAUUUUAUAAUUGUUUAUCAUUAAAAUGUUGUUUUCUG